GCGUGUCAGUUGCGUGUUGGUCCUCCUGUGUUUGUCUUCUCCUUUCUCCUUCGAGAAAUCAAAAUUUUUUUUCUUCCUCCGAUUUCGAUCUCCAUCUUCUCUGUGAUUUUGAUUAAUGCUUCCUCCAGUUUCGUUCACUGCGAAUUAUAUUGGGAAAUCAGAUAAAAUCACAGAAAAUUGAGAGUAAACCUAGAAGAAAUGAAAUCAAUUUUUUUUUUUCAAAAGAAGCAAAUAAAGAAACUAUAUAAAGAUGGCGAAGAAGAAGUGUGAGCAAUGUGACGGUGUAGCCGCUGCUUCUCCUCGCCGAUCCAUAGCCCCCACCACCGCGAGACCCGUUGGCUUCCAUCGCGCUGCCAAUCCCGCUUCGUCUUCUUCCGUCAUCCGUCCCUGUUUCAGCUCCAAAUCAGGUGUGGAGACAAUAGCGAAGAAGAAGGUGGAGGAUGUUAUGCCCAUUGCAACUGGACACGAGAAGGAGGAGCUUGAAGCUGAACUUGAGGGGAGAAGGCUGCUUAACAUUGACUUUCGUGUUUGGUCUCUGUUCAACCAUACUAAUCUGCUUCCUCUUCUUGACCAUGCUAUUAUUUCUGUUAAGGUAAGUGUAAGCAUACGACUCUGAAACUUACAUGGCUGAUUUUUUUUUUUAAAUGUUUUUGCUUGUUUUUUUUUCUUGGGGGUGUUCACUUUGGCUCUGGCUUUUGUCGUUGGAUUGACAUGUGCCUUCACCAAUGGGAAAGUGAUUCUAGAGUCAGCUAUCUUGACAACGGUUGUGGUGCUUUCCUUCACCGUGUACACCUUCUGGGCUGCUAAGAGAGGAUAUGACUUCAACUUCCUCGGACCAUUCUUGUUCGGUGCUCUCAUCGUGCUCAUUGUCUUUGCCAUGAUAAAAUGGCAGUGAUUGAGAGAGAGAGAAAGAGAGAAUUUGGUUGGGGAGAGAUGGAAGGCGUAGGGUCGAGAUUGAGCCGAACGUCAUCGAGAUACAGUGGUCCGGCUGCGACGGCGGUGUUCAGCGGCCGUGUAAGGAAGUGGAAGAAGAAGUGGGUACGUGUCUCCACGUCACCAGUCGGCGUUUUCCGAGCAUCUAAAUCCAACGGUCGUAGCAGCAAUUCCCCACACCAUCUACUUCUCCAUAAGUGGACUCCACUUUCCUCCGAAGCUAACGGUUCCGGUGAGACGGAGGAGACGCCUAAACGAAGAUUCAGAUACGCUCCAAUUGCGAUGUUUGAGCAUAGGGAGAAAGUGGGUGCUAAGGAUUCUGAGGUUGAAGCGGAAGAGACUGACGAAUUCGACAAUGAUUCUCCAUUGCCUAAAGCCGCUGGGCUGGACAUGAACUUAACUGACUCGGACCAAACUAAGGAGGCAAAAACUCGUCACUUGAAACUGGGACUGUGUCUUAAUUCUGAAGGGACUGAAGAAUGAAGAGAGAAAUCAUGCUAAACUGAGGCUACCUACCAUGUCUCAUAGUUUAACUCUUAUAGUAUCCUUCUGGAUCUGUAUCUUGUUGUAGUAGUGUAUCUCUAGUUAGAAGAAGCUAUAUGUGUAUGAUCAAAAAGCCUGGCUCCAUCAGAAUCAAAAUCAUAUCAUCCGAUGUUCCAUU